AUGAAGGCCACAGCAAUCAUCAGGGCCAAAGUCAAGGCCAGGACACCGUUGGCGGCCCAGGUGGAGGAUCCAGCCCCCGUCGUGAGACAGAUAGACGGUGAAGAGAGAAGACUCGAGGACGGCAGUAUGGCCAACGCCAAUGGACGAGGGAGAUCCGAUACGACGAACACAACAUCCUCUCUCUGGACGACGGCGUCGUCGUCAAGCUCGAUACCUGCCAUUACACUCACCGAAAGCAGCUAUCCGUAUCCUCGGCACGACGACAUCGAGGAAGCUGCAAGUUUCCCCAUCGAAGCACCCAUCGAAGCCGAAGUCGUUACAGCAGAUGCAUCAUUGUCAGGCACAGGCUCAAGCCUAGGUUCUACCGCUAACGGGGCCUCGGCGUCAUCGGUCUCAUUCGCGGGAGCCUUACCUAGAAGGGGCCCUAGAAAGUCUCAUCAGCCCACAGACUCUGCACCAGGAUCGGCAUCUUCAGCAUCAGCAUCAUCAGCGGCGCCCCUAGCACCACCACCGCCACUGCCGCUAUCGACUGGCGGCGAGAGAACAGCCGGAGUGGACCCUCAUCAGAGAGACCCGCGCCUGAUAACAGUAAGUUCCCACACGGCCCUUCCAUUAGCCACUCUACCUGCAUCAUCUCAGCCAUUCCCGCCCAGCGCCCCCCCAGCGCCCACCUAG